UAUCCGUACUACACGAUCCAAAUAAGGUUGUUGAGGAUGAAUUAAGUAGGUAGGUGGUUAAUAUCUGUAAUACACGAUCCCUUAUUUGACUCGCAGGUUGAUGUAGAACUAGAAGCUGUUUGGUACACUUGCAAGAUGUACAGGAUUCAAAUAAGUAGAUUCAAUCAGUUCUUUUGUCAAAGUUAUACCAACGUUUUUCUACGAAAGAUCGAUCUCUUGGUCAGACCGUCAGAGCAACAAGUCAGUAACAAUGGCCAGUUUCAAAUUCUUCUUUGUUGUCACAAUCUUGGUUAUGUUUCAUCCCGCAGCAAUCUCUUUUGUUUCUUCCAGUUUGGAGCUCGGCGAUCAAUGCUCGUCGGACGAAGACUGCAAUGUUGGACUUGGUUGUUAUAAAUGCGGUAUCGAGGAUGCAAGAUGCGUUAGAUCAAAUAUCACAAAUCCAUUCUCCGUUGGGAACAAUUCGAUGCCGUUUAAUAAAUAUGCAUUUUUGACAACCCACAAUUCAUUUGCCAUUGAAGGGAAACUGCUUCAUGUGGCGACCCAAGAAGAUACUAUAGUUCAACAACUCAACAGUGGUGUUCGAGCAUUGAUGUUAGAUACGUACGAUUACCAAGGAGAUGUAUGGUUGUGUCAUUCGUUUGACGAAAAAUGCUUUGAGAUUACCAAGUUUAAUCGGGCGAUAGACACAUUCAAGGAGAUAUUCGCAUUCUUGACAGCGAAUCCAUUGGAGAUCGUGACAUUGUUUUUGGAGGAUUACGUCAAAUCACCAAACGGGUUAACCAAAGUGUUUACUGAUUCUGGUUUAAAGAAAUUUUGGUUUCCAGUUAAAAUUAUGCCUUUGGGUGGCCGAGAUUGGCCGUUGGUUAAGGAUAUGGUCGCCAAUAACCAACGGUUAAUCGUUUUCACUUCAGCUGAAUCGAAGCAAAAAACCGAAGGAAUAGCUUACCAGUGGAAUUACGUAGUGGAAAACCAAUAUGGGAACGAUGGAGCUAUACCAUAUGAAUGUAGCAAUAGAGGAGAAUCUGCACUUUUAACCGACAAAACCAAAGCUUUGGUUUUGGUAAACCAUUUCAAGACAGUUCCGAUUAAGAUCUUGACUUGUGAGGAUAACUCUGAACAACUUGUCGAUAUGAUUAAGACAUGUUACUUAGCCGCAGGGGACCGAUGGGCCAAUUAUGUCGCCGUCAACUUUUACAAGAGGAGUAUUGGAGGAGGAACAUUCCAAGCAGUUGAUAUACUAAACGCGAAGCUUCUAUGUGGGCGUUAUGAUGUGCAUGCUUGUUAAAUUAUUAUUACAAACAAUGAUGAGUUAACUCUCGAUUACUUUCUUUACUACUUUCUUCGUGAGCUUUCUAUGUGGACGUGAUUCGAUUCUUUACUAAUUUAUUCAUAAUAUCCAAAAACUUCACCA